CCGAUACCGUGCGUGUGCGUGUGAAGUGUGAAGUGUGCUCGUGCGUGAACGGGAUGUGCGUACGGUCCAAGUGGAGUCCCUGAGCCCCGCUGACACACGCUGCGUCCUCCGCUCUUCAGCCGAUUUGAGUCUCUUGUUUUCGGGGCGCUCUUCCCAACUUUGCCGCUUGUGCCGUGGAGGACAUGGGGACUCAGAAGUGCUCACUGCCCGCGGGUUGGAGGUGUAGGUGGUGGUGGAGGAGGACGCUGGUGGUGUGGACCGUAGCGGUGUUUUGGAUGAGCUCUGCCGCCGACGGGACAUGGAAGACCGGGUUGUACAAGGAGCAGAGCCCGGCGGGAGCGCACACCUCCGUAUAUCACAAGAGGAACUGGUGUCCCCACACGGUGACAAAGACAGUGACGUGUCAGGUGCACAAUGGGACGGUGGUGCAGAGGGUGUACCAGAGCUGCCGCUGGCCGCAGGGCUGCUCCGGGGGCAGUUAUCGAACUGUGGUGCGGCCGUCCUAUAAGCUGGUGUACCGCACCGUCACCUCUCUGGAGUGGAAGUGCUGCCCGGGCUAUAGUGGACCUGCCUGUACUGACCACAAUCGAGGAGAGCUGCGUGUGGCGCAGGAGGCCGUGAGGAAAGCAUCCGGCGUAAAGAAGCCCCCAACCCAGACCCCCGGGCCCGCCUACACCUGUGCCAACUGCAGCGGCCUCUCUGCUCUGGGACACAGACUCUCCUCUCUCGAGACCAAGAUCCAGCUGCUGACAUCCUCUGGGUCUUCGUCACAUCGCCCCCUUCAGGUUAAAGGAGGUGUGUCUCUGAUGGGGGCAGUGCCGUCACAGGGAGCUCCUGGAGAGCAAGGCCCAGCUGGUCCUCAGGGGGAGAAGGGCAGAGAUGGACUUCCUGGCAGAGAUGGGACACCAGGCUCUAGGGGGCCAGCCGGCCCCAUGGGGCCUCGAGGGGACGCAGGGACGAGGGGCCCGUCUGGAAGCCCAGGGGCCCGGGGCCCGGCUGGACCAGCAGGUCCCCGUGGGCCCCCAGGGCUCCCAGGAGACAGGGGGCUCCCAGGCCCCCCCGGCCCCCCAGGACCACCCGCACCUGUCAGCGCACGCAUCCCAGAACCAGAAGCUCGAGGAAAAGACCACUUCUUCACCAACACGUUUCAUGACUCCAGAGGGGCCCCUGUGCCUGGCCCCCAGGGGCCACCAGGGCCAGUGGGUCCUCCUGGUCCCAGAGGCCCCUCAGGACCCCCUGGGCCCCCAGGGCAGAACGGUAAAUCUGGAACACCAGGGGCCCAGGGCCCUGUAGGGCCAAAGGGAGAGCGUGGUGAGAGAGGUCCUGCUGGGGCCCAUGGAGAGCGGGGCUUCAGGGGAGAGCCGGGAGUACCAGGUCCAAAGGGAGAGCCUGGAGAGAAGGGGUUACCGAGCAAUCUCAAUGGAGACGGCAUACACCAGAUCAGAGAGGCCCUGAAGAUCUUAGCCGAGAGGGUUUUAAUCCUCGAGACUAUGAUCGGUAUCCAUGAGCCUGAUCUGGGGUCUGGGGAUGGAGCUUAUGGUACAGCGCCCCCUAGCUUCUACAGGGACAAGCGCUCCGGGUCCCUUCCACAGCGCCUGUCCACUUUGCUCUCCUCGUCUGACGGCAAACCCCGAGGGAACUAG